AUGAGUGCGGCUCGGAGUCAAACAACACUGGAGUCCAAACUGGAGGACCUGCAGUGCCACUUCACCUGGGAUCUGCACCCCAGCAAGACUACACUUGUUUGUCUCAGGGACCAGCUGGAGGACAUCGGCACAGAGGAGGGAUACAGCUGGUUGGGUCACAGUUACAACCUACAGGGGUAUAUUCACUACCAGCUGGGGUUCACCGAUGAUGCCUGCCGUUUCCUCUGCAGGGCUGCGGAGGCCUUCCGCCAGAUGAGAAACACCAUCUCAGAUGAGGGCCCCUGGUUGGUGGUGAACCACGGGAACCUGGCUUGGCUGCAUUACCAUAAGGGAGAACGAGCAGAGUGUCAGGCUUACUUGUUAAAAGUCGACGCUAUGAUGAAUGAGUACCCAUCUCCAUCCCAGGACGAGCUUCAUCCGGAGAUCUACGCUGAAAAAGCCUGGACCCUGAUGAAGUUUGGCACAGACAAAAGGCAGCUGGCUGCAGAUUACUUCCAGAGAGCCAUCAGGAUGCAGCCGGACAUGGUGGAGUGGCACACCAGCCACAUCAUAGGGUUAGAGAAUACUCUUAGACACAGUGACAAAAAGCUGGGGGCUGACAUCUUUGAGAAAAUGAAAAUUGCCAAGGAACAUGAUCCAGAGAACUUGUACCUCGCUGCUCUGUACUUUGAGGCAUGUGCUGAGAAAGGGAAGAACAUUGAAAGUGGAGCACGUGAGUUGGCCAGGAGGGUUUUAAGAAAGCCCAUCAGCAGCUACAGUGGUAUCACACCAUUACUAAGGCUGUACAGAAUCUAUGUAUCCAUGGAUGAGGCCAUUGAUUUGGCAGAAGAGGUUCUGGAAAGACAUCCAGAUGAGCGUUAUCUGAAGAGAUGUGCCGCACUCUGCUACAAGAAGAGGAUCUUCCAGGGGAGGAACAAUUCCCUGGAGCACAGCAUGAUCGACAGAGCAAUCAGUCUCCACAGGGAAGUGAUUACUCUUUACCCUCUUUCUUCACUUACGAUAGAAAUAUCUCUUGCCAACAUAUACGCAGAGUCCAAUAACCAAGCUGAAGCGGACCAUAUAUACGAGGAACUGCUGGAAAGACCUGACCUGGAUCCCGAAGGGGCACAGAUGCUUUACAACUACUAUGCAAAAUAUGUACAUUUCAGUCGAAAGGAGAGCUACAAGUCAAUAGAAUAUCACAUGAGGGCCGCAGCGAUACCGCAACAAUCUUCCUAUCGUAAGAACAGCAUUAAUACUCUGGAGAGGAUUAGAGAAAGAAACAGAAACCGAAUGUGCAGAGAAAUUGACGAGUUUCUGAAUAACCUUCAAUAAAGCCUGGAAAAAAGCGGGAGCGUUUGAUGUUUGUAAUGUUAACAACAACAUUGUGUCUAAAUCCAGAGUAAUUAAUGAUUCUUUACAAAGAUUCCUUGCAUAGGUUCAUAACUAUGAGACUCUGUUCACAUUGUUUUCAGAUUAAUUUUAUGAAUUAUUGUAUGUAUAUUGAUUUAAGCUAGGCUGCAACGUUUGAUUCUGAAAAGUGAAGCAAAUGCCUAAGGGCCUUAAACUUGCAUUCUUUCAAAUGACCA